CGAUCAGGUCCUGGCGUCGAUGACCACAAUGAGCUCAGGUUCAGCAAGUUCAGGUUCAGGAAAUUCACCUCCUUACUACAUUCUUUUUACCCAGUCGUCGUCUUCAUCCCUCUCAAAUACGCUAGGUCAUCCCACCAUACAGUACCACUACGCUGAUGACUCGCCUUUGAACUUAUUACCUCAAUCACCCGACGAGCAUGUCCUGCUUCUGGAUCAUGGCCCUUCGUCACCCGCACAACCAGCUGUUGCCAGCACCUCAAAGUCUAUGGCCAUAACAAGCCUCAAGAUUACAGAGGCUCCCGGUGCAGCUGCCGCCGAAGAGAAACAUAAUGAUAAAAUGUACAUCAUAGAGACAACUUCGAGCGUAGACAAACCCUCACGAGGAGAAAAACAGUCUUCGCAAAUGAUACUAGCGCAGUUCAAACAGAGAAAUGCUCUUCUUCGUCGCGCCCUAACCUUCAACGGAACACAUCACACCGUCCUGUCCCCGGUCCCUCACUCAAAAUCCCAAGUGCAUAGUGCUAGUGAGAUGGCAAUUAACGGUAAUUCUAUCCAUUUAAAUUUAGAGUAAACCCCAUUC